AUUUAACUGAACCGUUUGGCAGCACUGUGUGAAAGAAACGAAAUCUGUCGAAGAAGUAGCAAUAUUUUUUUAAUUAAAAUAAGCUGGCCAAUUUUCAGCUAGAUUCGUUUAUAAAAAAAGAAUAAAAUUAUAAAUACAAAACAAAUUAUUAAAUAAAAUAUAACAAUAAACAAAAAAACUAGAAAAUAUACUCAAAAAACGUGAUUUUCUUAAGAAAAGAAACCAACAAACCUAAGAAGUUCACCGAGAAAAAGGCAGCAGCAAAAAUACUUAAUUGGUCGAGAACUUCAAGCCACAAGAACAUAAUUAUUACAUUAUCUAAUACCGUAAUCCUUAGUUACAAAAACAAAAUCGCGAUAACUCAAAUAAAUACGCAAAAAGAGGAGUAUCAAACCUUAAUUUCUUAAGGUGUAUUAUGGAAGAAAAAUGUAUCGAUCAAUUUGAAACAGUUGCAUUAAAUCUCACCAAAUCUUCUUCAUCAACAAUAACUACAACUAUAACAUCAAGUAAUAGCUGUUCCACAAAAGCGCCAUUUUUUUUAACAUCCUCGUCGUCAUUGUCUUCAACGUCCUCAUCAUUAUCGUCAACGUCGAGCGGCAAUAAUAGUGCAGAUCAAAUCUCUUUAAACUCGUCGGCAGAUAAAGAAGAUUUUGAUAAGGCCACCACAAGUCGUAGUUCCAUGUCGCUACUACAAGAAGAGUUUGAGACAAAUUCACAACAUGAUUUUGCCGAAGUCUUGGACGAAGAUGAUGAGACGACCACAUCUGGAGUUUUGGAAGCAUAUGAGAUAAGUUCAUCGAACCUAUUGCCAACAACAAAUGAUGAUGUCACAUUAGAGCCAGUGGCCGUAGUGGAUGAUAGUUCGUCCACAGAUGCCAUACAAAUAAUAAAGGUUUCCGAUGCUUCAACCGAAUCGGCAGCAAGUAAUAAUGGAUUUUUCAAUUCAUCUGAGAUUUAUGUCAUCAAUGAUGAUGAUGAUGACGAGGAUGACGAAGAUGUUGAAGAGGACAAUGAUGACGAAUGUGUUGAUGGCGAAGUGAUUAAUGAAGCUGAGGAUGAUGACGAUAUUGAAGAGGUUGUUGAAGGCAAUUUGAUAAAUAUAGACGACAAUCUACACAUCGAGGAAGAUGAAGACGAGGAGGAUGAUGAUGAACCCGAGGACGAAGAGGAAGAGUGUGACAUGAAUACUACAAAUCAAUCUUCCAAAUGUACAACACAAAAUACCACCUCAACACAGGACACUUCUAGUACACAGCCCCAAAAUAAUGGUGUUAUCAUGAGUACAAAUGGCACCAUGAUAUUCUUGGAAACACCCGUGGUAGAAGAACAACAACAUCAUCACCACCAUCUUCAUCAUGCUCAAAUUGCAAACUCCUCAAAGGGUACGUCGUCGCACAAUGAUUUCGUGAACGACAACAAUGUGAAACCCAAACGUUUAAGUGAUGAAUUUUCUAAAAAUUCAGCCAACGCCAACGAAACUCCCACAUCUUCUACGGCGGCAUGUAGUAAAAUUUUGCAAGAAUCCAAUGAUAUGAUUUACGAUUUAACCGAAUCUCAACCAUGUCCCGAAACACAGGCUCACGAGCGCAUGUCAUCACGUUUGAAAAAGAUGAAUUUGAAUCACAACAACACAAAUAACAAUAUAAAUUCUCAGGAUUUACCUACUUCCUCCUCUGCAAGUGGUUCGAAAUCAUCUAUUUUAAUGCCCACUCUAUCGGACAUAGAGUCAAUGGAUUUAAUUGAACGCCGUGAUUUUGAAAAUGAACAGCGUCUUACGGGAGGUAUUAUAUUGAAAUCAAGUUCGCUGGUUAAGAAAAAUGUGCUUGACUUGGGUUUGGUUAAAUCUCAACAGCAGCAGCAACAGCAGAAAAACAAUAAUAAUGCAAAUAGUGGAGAGGAGCAACCGUCUAGUAGCCAUUCCAGAGGAUUUUCUUCUGAUAGCAAGUGUACCUAUAAAGAUUUGUCAGCAACGCCCACAAGUAGUCGUAAGCUAAUCGGACGUCUAACCAAAUCAACUGCCAAAAUGAAUUUGUGCAACACUCUAAGUCAUAAUCAACCACAACAGCAACAGCAACCGCAGGAACUUACUACAAAAACAUCACAACGCAGCAGUACUGAACAAAUACCAAAAUCUUUAAACCUCUCCGCCAACUCAUCAUUGUCGUCGUCAUCAUCAUGCGCCUCCACCUCCUCUUCAUCACUAACACCAGCAUCAACAUCAACAUCAGCAUCAGCCAUAACAACGAAUUCUACAUCCGUUAUUGUGGAAGCAGCAUCGACACAAAAUUCCGAAAUUUAUUCAAAUUCCAAUUCAAACGAUAGUCUUACAUCACGACCAUCAUCAACUAGUUCGACGUUAAACAAACGUCCAGAAGUAUUAACACAAGAACAGAAAGUUUACAAACUUUCAACAGCCGCCACAUCAUCAACUUCAUUGUCAGCAGCAAACUCAUCUUCCUCCAGCUCGUCCACAUCCUCUUCAUCCACCGCUGCUCCAGCUUCUGUGGCAGUUUGUGUACUCGAAAAUGGCUGUAGUCGCACCAGUGCUAUACAACCAAUUGUCAAUAAUUCUAAUCAUAAUAGUAAUUCAUCCUCAUCGAAUGAAGCAAACGACGAUGAUGUUCAACCCUCCACUUCUUCGGCCAGAUGUCAAUACGCCCCACCACCCAGAACUCAAAGGCAAGUGAAUGCAAGCGCUCAAACUAAUGAACGGUAUUUGUCCCGUUCAAAUGCCAAUGCUGCAGCAUCAGUUUCCGCAAAUGGCGGAAAUGAUGUUUGCUUGUCUGCGGCCGCUCUACCCAGUCGUAGUGGCAGCGCCAAUCAUCGCCGCUCCGAGAUCUCCCAGAACCUAUUGGAUGGCUUUAGAAUGCUCAACGAUCAAUUGGACAACACUUUCAACUUCAACCACCAAAACACUUCGUGGAUUGACUGUGAGGAAAAUAAUUCAGACGUUGAAGAGAUUUGUACGUGUCAUCAGGGUUCCAUGAGUGAUGGCAGCAGCCAUGGCGGAAGUAUUAGUGAUUUGAAUGACGUCGAUGAAUUGGACAGCGGACAUGUGUAUGGCAAAGAUGGUGGCGCCGAUCUUUCCUACAAUAUAAUGCAUAAUCUUUCCAUAUCAGAAGAUGCAGCAGCCUCGCCCGAUUGUGUAGCAACCCGAAAGCGCAAAUACACAGAUACACGACUGAUGGAACAUGAUUAUAACUCGGCCACGAUAACGGGUAGCGGUGGCACUGCAACGAGCUUAGAAAGCAAUAGUCGUAAGCGUGUUGCUUACGAUUUCACUUCAACCCCGCGUUCUUCACAUAUAAAUGUCGGCGCAUUAGUUCAUAUCACCACACCAUCACAGCUGUUGGCCACCACCUCUACCGGUUCUCCAUUGGGAAGGCGCACACCACGUUCGCUGAUACCCACACGAGAUAAUCCGCCACCAGAGUUACAGCAAUGGCUGUUACAAUUCCAACGCUGGUCACAUGCUCAACGUCUGUUGGCCGUCGAUCGUUUGAUCGACCACUGUGAACCAACACAAGUGCGUCACAUGAUGAAAGUGAUUGAACCACAAUUUCAACGAGACUUUAUUUCUUUACUACCUCGAGAGUUGGCAUUGCAAGUACUUUCCUAUUUGGAUCCUAAGGAUCUGUUGCGAGCUGCCCAAACCUGUCGCAGUUGGCGUUUCUUGUGCGAUGACAACCUGUUGUGGAAGGAGAAAUGUCGCCAAGCUCAAAUAUUGACUGAACCGCGGACUGAUCGUCCAAAACGCGGUAGAGCUGGUAACAUGCCACCGAUCGCAUCGCCAUGGAAGGCGGCAUACAUGCGUCAACACAUAAUCGAAAUGAAUUGGCGUUCACGACCCAUACGUCAGCCGAAAGUACUGAAAGGACACGAUGAGCAUGUCAUAACAUGUUUGCAAUUUUCCGGAAAUCGCAUUGUGUCUGGUUCGGAUGACAAUACAUUGAAAGUUUGGUCAGCUGUCACAGGAAGGUGUUUACGCACAUUGGUGGGCCAUACUGGCGGUGUUUGGUCAUCGCAAAUGUCAGGCAAUAUCAUAAUCUCAGGUAGUACGGAUCGUACUCUUAAAGUAUGGGACAUGGAAACGGGCCAAUGUGUACACACACUUUUGGGUCACACCUCCACCGUACGCUGCAUGCAUCUUCAUGGCAACAAAGUUGUUAGUGGUUCUCGUGAUGCUACUUUGCGUGUUUGGGACAUUGAACAGGGUUCUUGUUUAAGGGUUUUAGUUGGCCAUUUAGCGGCCGUACGUUGUGUGCAAUACGAUGGUAAAUUAAUUGUAUCAGGAGCUUAUGAUUAUAUGGUAAAAAUUUGGCAUCCAGAGAGACCAGAAUGUCUACACACUCUACAAGGUCAUACCAAUCGAGUUUACUCAUUGCAGUUUGAUGGUAUUCAUGUUGUAAGUGGUUCUUUGGACACCUCUAUUAGAGUCUGGGACGUUGAAACAGGCAAUUGUAAACACACCUUAAUGGGCCAUCAAAGUUUAACUUCUGGUAUGGAAUUACGUGAAAAUAUUUUAGUGUCUGGUAAUGCCGAUUCGACGGUUAAAGUUUGGGAUAUUACCACUGGUCAAUGUUUACAAACCUUGUCCGGCUCCAAUAAGCAUCAAUCGGCUGUUACAUGUUUGCAAUUCAAUUCCCGCUUUGUUGUUACCAGUUCGGAUGAUGGAACGGUUAAAUUAUGGGAUGUUAAGACUGGUGAAUUCAUACGCAAUUUAGUUUCAUUAGAUUCGGGUGGUUCUGGCGGUGUUGUUUGGCGUAUAAGAGCCAACGAUACGAAAUUAAUAUGCGCAGUUGGAUCACGCAACGGUACCGAAGAAACCAAACUAAUGGUACUAGAUUUUGAUGUUGAAGGCGCUUGUGUUAAAUGUUCAUAGGAAAUAAAAACAAAUUAUUUAGUAACAAUAAUCAAGGAAAUUCUUAUCUCCAAAUUGAUUUUAGUUCGUUAUUAUGUUUAUAAAUAUUUCUUCAAAAGACGCCAAGUUUUAAUCUAUGCCUAAAACAAAAAGUAAUUAUAACCAUAUUCAACUUUUUUUGCUGUGAAAAAGUUGUAGUUAGUAGCAGAUGAAUGCAAAGAAGGAAACAAAAGGCUUUAUAAGCUUCAUAAAAUCAUAACUCAAAGGCUAACAAACAAAUUUAAUAAUGCGCAUUAAGUUUUCCAACUUUACAAAACAAAAAAACAAAAAAAAAACUCCCAAAUACCUAGAUCAGAAGAAUUUCAAUUUCUUUAUGUCUAUGUAUUUGUCUUUUCUGUUUUAGUUUAAUUUUCUAAACUACCCCACCCCCAACCCAGCAGCUACAACUGUUCAUUAUACCGUUUUUAUUUCGAUUAAAACGCCAUUGCUUUUGUUAUGAUGAUUUGAAAACAGAACUGAUAUUGAUAAUUUUGUUCGUAGACAACAAAAUUUAUUACAAUUUUGUUUGUUAUUACAUAUAAUACAAACCGGCAAAUUUUAGCUUUAUGUUUAUGUUUUUUUUUUUAUAUAAUUAAUUAAUUAAUUUAAUUUAAUCCUUAUUAACAAAAUUAAAUUAAAAUAAUAAUAAUUGCUAAGUAACAACAAAUACACUUUGUUUUAGACGCCCCUUUGCAAUCUUAAUUUUUUCUGUUACAAAAAUAAUAAUUUCUAUUGUCGUUUUUUUUUAAAACAAUGAAAUUUUGUUUGUUUUCCCUAUAUAUGUUUUGUUUAAUCAUUUAAUUAAAUCAAUUAACGCUUCCAAAUGUCCAAAACAAACACAGUUAACGUUUUUUUAAUAUAGAAGAAUUUGUUUUUUUGUUAUUUUAAAUCAUAAUUUGUUUUAAAAAUCUCUAUUAGUUAAAAUUAUUACCCCCAACAAUUCUACUCUAAGUAUUUUAAGAUCUUCCUUUAAAUUUCUUGAAAAAAAAAAUCAGCAACCUCCCAACAUCUACCAUACAACUAACUCCCUUUAAUCUAACAGAAAAACUUACAUACACACCUCUCAAACAAGAAGGCGUCCUCCUCAAUUUAUAAGGUAUAUAUUUAGAAAAAAUAAAUAAAAAUCUGCCCCAAAUAUUGCCAGUAAACAAUAUUGUACACAUAUAAAUAUAUAUAGAAGUUAAAACAAAGAAGAAAAAAAUAAUCAUAUUUUUUAAAUUUAAGUUAUGAAAAAUACAAAUAAUUCCAUUCUUAACAACAAGCUAAAACAAAUAUAUACAUACAUAUAAAUAUAUAUAGUAUAUGUUAUUAUACAUAAUUACAUACAAACAAUAAUAAUAAUAAUAUUAAUUAAUUACAACAACAAAAACCAACAAAGAAUGUGUAAAAUCAAGAGCCACCGAAAAAACACUGUGUCCGUUUUCUAGAUUUAGAUUAAUACAUUUUCUUAUAAGACUUUAUUUUGACGCUUUGUACGCAAACAAUUUUGCACAAAAUUAGAAAUUCUUUUUUAAUAAAUUUGAAAUACUUUUUUUUUUGAUUAUUUCAUUAUUGGUAAUUUAACGAACGAAACUACUUAUUAUUGUUGAAAAAUUGAAAAAAAAAAUCAAUUACGAUUUUAUCAUUUAUCAGUUUUCUGCAGAAGCCUUUUUGGAACAUGUUGCACCUCAGAUUCACUGCGGUGAUGCAUUUACGAUCAGAUCCAUUAAUUAUAUUUAGAAAAAUCUCAACUUCAAAUUGUAAAUUUUUGAGAAAGAACAAAUUGAUUUUAAGUUUCGAUCAAAUUUACAUUAAUUUGUAUAUCCUUCACCAUGUGUGGUAAGGGUUUGUCAUUUCGUUUGAAAUUUCUACAUUUUUCAUUUGCGACCUUAAAAAAUAUAUAUAUUGUGGGUCGUUAUAGAUAGCGGCGUCUGUCAGUAGAAAUCGACUUUCCGAAACCCCUAAAUAACUUACAAACAUUACUGAUACUACAAUAUAUCGGAUAUAGUCCUGGUUCGGUUACUAUUGAUACACAUUUCAAAGGCGAAUCGUAUGUACAUAAUUAAAAAAAUAUUUUUUAAUUCGAAUUUUUUUUACCAAAUUUUUUUCAAUCUUAAUCUUGUAGAAUUUAGCUCUCUUACUUGUUUUAAACUAAUAGCUUGUCACUUUCUUAAAAAAGUAGACUGUAUGAAAGCUAACAAGCUAUUUUAAAACUUGUUUAUAAGGUCUAAACUUAUCUUAAAGUCCAUUUAAAUGAUCGCAUAUUACUACAUACUUUUUUAGCACUAACAAACAUAAAAUCGAAUUCGCUUGUAAAGAGAGCUCUCCUUUUAUGUUAAAGCAAUGUAAUAUAAUUAUUUUGUCCUUUUUAGGCUUUGUAUUACAUAAAAUAAAUAAAUAUGAAUAUAAAAGCUUAAUUUAUUGAUAAAAAAAAGUGUGUCUUGAAAUGUGAUAUUCUAAAGAGGAUAGAGGCCAUUUUACAUUGUCACACAAGUCAGAUUAGUGAAAAUUUUAUUUAGAAGAGAACAAAUAAUCUAAAUGUAAUGAAACCAUUUGACAUUGAGACAAACUACUCACAUUUUUUCUAAUCACAUAGACAAAUCGUCUAAAACCACUGGUAACUUUAGUUGGAUUCCUUUUAUUAAAAAAUCAUUCCACUUUAUUAUGAGUAUCGAAGACUAUGAUACUCAUUCCUGUCACCCCUAUAGGCAAUAACAUAUGAAAUUUUGUUCCCGUGAAAUAUCCAUUUCCCUCGAAGGAAAAAUUGCUAUCGUGAUAUUCCCCUGAACUUUUCAUUCACAAUAGUUAAACAGCUGUUUAUUGUUUUUUGGGAAUUUUUUCACGUGAACAAAGUUGAUGAACGAAAAAAGGAAAAGGGAAAAUAUUUCAUGUGAAAUAUUGAUUCGCGAUAGGGUGAAUGAUUGGAUCCUAUGACAACUCCGAUUAUCAUAGGCGCUUUUAUUUUAAUCGAAAAUCCGGAAAUCCAUUUUUGACUAACCCCUAUGUUUUGUAAAUCGAGUGAUUUCAAUAAAUUUUUCGACUAUUCAUUUUCGAAAAUCGCUCGUUUUUGAAAUCAAUCGAUUUACAAAAUUGAAUUACGCUUUAGCUAUUCCAGAAUGUUCUAUAAUUCAAUAAAACAACUUAUAAUAUGGAGAAUUUGAAAAUUACUCGCCUCUAUUUGUAAUCGUUUCAGUAUAUUUUUUUUUUUACAGAUUUCUAGACUUUCGGGAUGAAAGUCAAUAAGCAUUUUUGCUGCAAUUCAUGUUAAAAACUGUAAUUCCAGUCUAGUGUCAAGUUGCAGUUGAACUACAUUUUAUUUCAGUAGCAUUAUCCAGUAAAAAGGAAAUACAAAUUCAAGCCACUUUUUUUUUUGUGUGAAAAAAUGUAAUUUCAUCAAAUAUCUUUCAAAUUUAAAAGAUAAAAAAAAUGCUUGAAAUUUUAGUUCAUCUCUAAACCGAUUGCGAGUAAAGUUUUCAAUGUACAAAAGUCUUGCGAUUUCUAGAACAUUAAUUUGACAAUUUUUCGUUUUUGAAAAUAACUAAUUUUGAAUCCACUCGAUUUAUUAUUCUCAUGACAGAGAAUAACAAACUAGAAAAACAAUGAUUUCCUGUUAGAUAAUGCAAAAUUUCGAAAAUGUCAAUAUAUAUUCCAGAUAUAAACAUUCGUAAUGUUGCUAGACUGUUUGCUUUUAUGAAUAGUGGAGUUCAGAGGCCAAACUACCUACCGCAUUCAAUAUCGAGUAAAAUGAAUCGUAAUUUUGUUAUUUGAGGUUAUGGCAUUCGAUAUCGAGCAAGAAAUUUAGUACAUUUUAUAGUAAUUUCGAUAUCGAAAUUAUUUUUCGAUGCUAUAGCUCGAUCACGAAUGCGGUGAUUUAGCCCCUCAGGUCUGACACACAUUUUGUUCUGAAUGGUUUCAUUUCCUUAGUUUUCAAUUCGAUCGAUUUCAUUUUGGGUUCUUCAGAUUCCGUGUAAUUUAUUAAUUCCAAAACUAUUUAAUUAUUCUGUAUUUCUGAUUUUAAUUUGACAGCAUUUUUUAUAACUAUUAAAACCACAGUGAAAUUUUUGGUACAGAAAUUCAUUAAAAUCGUUAUAAAAACAAAUAAUUACAAAGACUCAAUUUCACUUUGAAAACUGAAAGUGGUUUCAUUCCGAUAGAAUUUGUCGUUUUACUUUUUCCAAAGAAGCGAAAUACGAAAUUAAUUCCACUUUCGAUCGGAAUGGAAUUCUGUGACAGGCCUGAAUAUCUUUGAACAUAACCGCAAGUUCCAUUGAAUUGCUCUAAUUCUACUUUUAUUUUACCAAAAUUUGCAAAUUUUGUAUAGAGUUUUUGUUUUAUAAGAGUUAAAAAUGUAUUAAAAUUUUGCUAAACAAAAUAAAACUUGAAUAUCUAAGCAUACAAACAAAAAAAGCGGACACAUAUACACUAAAAUAGAUUGUUUUCGGUUUCUAUUAAGGAGAACAAUUAACAAGUGACCACAAACCAUUUAUAAAUAUAGCUUUCAUUUAAACAAAACAAAUAUUAAUUAAUAUAAUAAAAUAAAGUACAAGCGUACACAAAUAUAGAAGUAUAAAUAAACUAAAAUAAGACAAACAUAUUAAACAAACUUCUACUAAAGCCGAAUCUGCAAUUUGUAAAAGAAAGUUUAAAAAAAAAACAAGAAAACUUUUUAAAACCAGGUUAUAAACAAAACUGCUCUAAAAUGCCGUAACAUAAUAUUCUCCUCUAACUCCUUAAAACCUUAACAUACCACCCUCACUCAUCCCCUCCCAAAUAAAUAGAAAUUGCAGCUCAGUAAAAAUACAAAAAAAUAAACAUUAAUUAAACACAAAUACAAAAUAAAUAAAUAAAUAAAAAUACAUUUAAUUAUAAAUUAAGUUUAAUAAUAUAAAGAAGAAAACCAGAAAAAAAGCAAACCAACCAUACUAUAAAAUAAACAAUAUAUAUUAUAUAUAACAAACACAUUUUUAAUUAUAGACUGAUUUAUUAGUAACUAAUCUAUAUAUAUUUUAAUAAUACAAAAUAUAAUUAUAAUAAUAAUAAUAAUUAAUAAAUACAUACAUACAUAAUAAAACCUAAAACAAAACUUA